CGGAGGGAGGCGCGGGCGUGGUCGUGCGGCACGACGGCGUGCGUCGGCCUCGUCACCGCGACCAGCGUCACCGUCGCCAACCUCGGAGACUCGCGCGCCGUGCUCUGCCGCGGCGGCGGCGCGCUGCCGCUGUCGUGGGACCACAAGCCCACUGACGAAGGCGAGCGGUCACGGAUCGUGCGAGCGGGCGCGGCGGUGAUCGAGGGGCGCGUCAACGGAGACCUCGCGCUCUCGCGCGCGCUCGGCGACUUCCGCCACAAGACCGCCUCCCUCCCCGCGCCGCACCAGCCAGUCUCUUCGCUCGCGGACGUGCAGACGGUCGUGCGCGGCCCCUCGGACGCAUUCCUGCUGCUUGCGUGCGACGGGGUGUGGGACGUGAUGGCCUCGUCGGAGGCGGUCGCCUUUUGCUUCGGCUCGCUCGAGCGC